AUGGGUGCUGAUGCGGGCACAGCGGGUGGUUCGGGCGCCCGGGGCCAGCUGCGUGUGCUCAAAGCGCUCGCCGAGGCGCUGUGGCCGUCGCAGCCCGCGCCGCCGGGGGCCGACGCGGCAAUGGAGCGCUUCUAUUCGCUGUCGGGAGGGGCUCUGCCGACGGUGCCAGAGCAGGCCACUCUGCUGUCGUGGCGCCACUCGUGGCUCGGCAGCCUCAAGGCGGUCUUCAAGGCCCUUAAGUCCAUAAUCGUAGCCGUCAUCCUGGCGAACAUAGACGACGCCACCGGCACCAACCCGUUUUUUGAGGCGGCACCCCGCCCCGAGCCCGCGCCCGCGGCGGCGGCGCUGCAAGCCGAGGAGGUGCUCGCCAGCGCGGUGGUGGACCUGCCGGCAGCGCUGGCCGCGGGCGGCGCCGCCGGCUCGCGGUCGCUGCUGGAGCGGCGCGGCUUCAAGAUCGGGGGCGGCCCCGGCGGCGCUCCCGCGGCGGCGGCAGCAGCAGCACGGAGCAGAGGGAAGGGGCGAGAGGCCGGCGGCUGGUGGUUGGAGGCGGACGCGGUCGUGGUGGGCAGCGGCGCCGGGGGUGGUGUGGCGGCGGCGGUGCUGGCGGCGGCUGGUCUCAGGGUGGUGGUGGUUGAGAAGGGAAGCUGGAAGCGCAUGGCAGACCUGACAUGGCUGGAAGGGGAGUCCACCGACACCAUGUUCGAGCGGGGAGCGUUCCUGGCGACUGAGGAUGGCGGCAUGAGCAUCCUGGCGGGCGCCACGCUGGGUGGUGGGACCAAGGUCAACUGGUGCGCGUCCCUCCGCACCCCAGAUCAUGUCCGGAAGGAGUGGGCCGAGCGCCACGGCCUGCCGCGCUUCGCGACCCCUGAGUUCGACGCCUCGCUCGACGCCGUCACCGCCCGCCUGGGCGUGACUAAUACGACGCGCCUGAACGGCAGCAACGGCGCGCUUUACGACGGCCUGGUCGAGCUCGGCGCGGACGCACGGAAGCUGCCGAGAAACUGCCUGUCGGACGAGUGCAGCGGCUUCUGCUCCCUCGGGUGCAAGACCGGCCACAAGGUGUCCACUGACGUGUCAUACCUGGCUGAUGCAGUGAAGAACGGCGCACGCAUCAUCACGGGCGUCCACGCGCGCCGGGUGCUGCUUGAACCAAACAUUGGCGCCGGCAGCGGCGCACGCGGCGGCGGCGAAGGCAGUGGCGGCGGCAGGGCCCACAGGGCGGCCGGGGUGGAGCUGGUCGCCGGCGGCGCGGAGGGCGGCGCGGGGUUUACGGUGGUCGUCAGGGCGCCGAUCGUGGUGGCGAGCGCUGGGUCUAUUCAUUCGCCCGCGCUGCUGCUGCGCAGCGGCAUCACCUGCGGCGGCAACGUGGGCGCGCACCUGCGUGUCCACCCCGCGUUCGGCGUGCUGGGGCUGUUUGACGGGGAGGAGCGGAGGCGACACUCGGCGGAGCGCGGGGCCAUAGACAUGUUCAAGGGUGUCAUGAUGCUCACCUACUCGCUGUCGGCCGCCAAGUGGGAGCAGGGCGGGUACGGAGCCAUGGUGAGCGUGCCGUCGCUGCACCCCGGGCUGCUGGCUGCGUGCUACCCCUGGCACCCUACAAAGUACAAGGGCAACAUCGCAAACAUGCAGAACAUUGCCACAACAGUGGUGUUUGCACGUGAUACGGGGUCUGGGCGCGUGACCAUCGACGGGCGCGGGCGGCCGCGGGUGCACUACUGGCCGGCGCCAGAGACGCAGCGGAGCAUCUUGGAGGGGAUGGAGCUGGCCCUGCGCGCCUACAUUGCGGCGGGCGCCAAGGAGGUCACCCUGCCGCACGCGUUUGGCCACUUGGUGACGACCGCCGACCAGGGCGGCCGCGGGCUCGAGGAGCUUAUCAGGUCGGCGCACGCUGGCGGGGUCCGGCGCUACGACAUGCCGCUGUUCUCGGCCCACCAGAUGGGCUCCUGCCGCAUGGGGGCGUCACCCAAGUGA